UUUGCUUUGUUGACUUUGGUUUUAUUAAGCAUCUUCGCCAAAAGGACACUUCAUAGUAAGCGAACUAUUUCAUUGUGUUUGUCUAUCUUUUGCUACCAGCAACCAUGGAAAUUGCUACCUGUGUGCUCGAAAUAGUGAAUACAUUUUUGGAACCUAUCACUCGACAGCUCGGAUAUCUCUUCAAAUGCCGAGAGAAGGUUGAGGAUCUGAAAAUUGAGAUUGAACGACUCAAGGCCCGAAUUCCUGAUUUGGAGGCAAAUAUUGAAGCAGCAGAGAGAAGUGGGAAGGCAGCCACGAGUGAAGCGCAACAGUGGUUCAAAAGGGCACGAGAAUUGGAACAUGAAGCGGAUGAAGUAGUUCAAAGAUACAACCAAAACAAGUGUUGCUUUAGAGGGCUCUGCCCCAAUUGCCCCUCCAACUACAAGUUGGGUAGACACGCAACAAAGAAACUAUCACAAAUCACGUCUCACAUCGAUAGAGCAGAUAUUGUGAAUUGGAGUAUGGAUCGAGCACCGCCAUUUGGGAGGGAGGUGCCUACACAUUCAAUCACAGGUCAGUCAACAUUUGGCAAAAAUGUAAAUAAGAUCCUUGAAUGUUUGAGUAAAGAUGAAUUGGGUGUGAUUGGCAUUCAUGGUAUGGGAGGCGUUGGAAAGACAACUCUCAUGCAUGAAAUCAACAAUCGUCUAUUACAAAAUCGAGAAGUUUAUAGAGUGAUAUGGAUCACAGUGUCAAGAGAUGCGAAUAUAUCUAGAAUUCAAAAAGAAAUCAUGAAAAAACUGGGCAUAACAGUUGAAGAUGAAGAGAGAUUGUUUUCUGCUCUAAAGGAACAUAGAUUCGUGCUUAUCUCAGAUGACUUGUGGGAAAAGCUGGAUUUGAAUGCUAUAGUAGUCCCUCGCCCAAACCCACAAAAUAAAUCCAAGAUUGUAAUAACCACCCGAUCAUUAAUGGUGUGCAAUAGGAUGGAAAGUAACCAUGAUAUCAAAGUGGAUGUUUUAAUAGAGGAAGCGUGGAUCUUGUUUCGUGAAAAAGCAAGAAAUGUGGCAGAUCGCCCUUCUAUAGAACCCACUGCUCAUAAGGUCGUCAAAGAAUGUGGUGGCUUGCCACUCGCCAUCAUUGUAGUCGGUUGUGCGAUGAAAGGAAAGUAUAAUGUGCAUGUGUGGGAGAAUGCAUUAAGGGCCUUACAUGAGGCAACAAUGGAGAUUGAAGGCAUGGAAUGUGAAGUGUUUGUGCCAUUGAAGUAUAGUUACGACCAAUUACAAGAUGAAAACAUUAGGCAAUGUUUCUUGUAUUGUUCAUUAUACCCAGAGGACUAUCAAAUUGAAAAUAAUAAUUUGGCUGAGUGUUGGACGUGUGAGGGGCUCCUAGGCAGAGUGGAUAGUCUCAAGGAUGCUAGAAACAAAGGCCACAGUCUAAUUGAAAAGCUAAUUGACUCAUGCAUGAUAGAGGAAGUUCCCGGAUUGGAUUCAUAUGUGAAGCUUCAUGAUGUGAUCCGAGAUGUUGCCAUAUGUAUCGGCUCCACAAGAGAGGGCGGUCUGAUUGUGGAAGCAGGAUUGGGACUAAAGGAAGCACGCAGGGUUGAAGAAUGGGGAGAGGCCCAACGCAUAUCGCUGAUGCGUAAUGAAAUGGAGAGACUUCCAAAUCCACCGUUGUGUCUGGCCCUCGCAACAUUGAUGCUCAAUCGAAACAAAAAGUUGAAUAACAUUCCGGAGGGCUUCUUUGAAUGUAUGGAAGCCCUAAAGGUGCUUGAUCUCCGUGGAACUAGCAUCUACUCGCUGCCACAAUCGUUAUCCAACUUGAAGAAUCUCCGUUUCCUUUCUCUGCACGCUUGUGAGAACCUAGUCGACAUUCCUCCUGUAGGACAACUUCAGCAACUCCAAGUGCUGGAUUUGUACAAUACCAAAAUCAAAAGAUUGCCAGAGGGGAUGGGAGAACUAGUCAACUUAAAGCUUCUGGAGGAGCUGGACAUCAUGUAUAGCGGAUACGUGGAUUGGGAAAUGAUGGAAGGGGAGGAAUUUGAAGAGUUGGAGCCCUUAAGUUCAUUACGGAUAAGCAGCAAUGGGAACGGCCUAUUUACCAACAAAAGACAAUGGGAUGGAAAGAUAUUUGAUAAGAUAGAAGGACUAUGGCUAGUAGGUUGCCAAGGUUUGACUAGUCUUGAGCAACUACGGCCCAUGAAAAGGUUGAAUUCUCUGAAUAUUCAAAGAUGUUCUCAAUUGGAUUUUGUUGCCCUUGAUGUUGUUGCUCCCAGCUUGAAUCAUUUGUGGCUUAGCCAUUUGCCAGUUUUGAGGAGAAUUUGGCAGGGUGAUGGAGACCGUCAGCUUCUCAAUCUCACACAUUUGCAUGUUAGAAAUUGUGAUGGAUUGAAGAAUGUGUUAUUGGCAAAUGUGGUACAAUGUCUCCAAUGCUUGGAAGUAAUGAGGAUAAGGAACUGCAGAGGAUUAGAAGAGAUAAUUAGUGGGGAGCAGGUAGGCCAAAACAUCACCCUCCCCAAAUUAAAAGCCUUGUACUUAUAUCAUUUGGUGGAAUUGAGGAGUAUAUGUGAGAUUUCAAUGACAUGGCCUUCAUUGGAGAGAAUACAUGUGAGAGAUUGUCCCAAGUUGAGAAGGCUCCCUCUUGGUCUCCUAGAAGCACAAAUGCUAAGAGAAUUGAAUGGAGAAAAGAAAUGGUGGGAGGGAUUGGAGUGGGAAGACGAGCCUACCAAGUCUGCUCUCCUCCGUCUGUUCGUAAAAAGAACAAGUAGAUGGUGAUGGCAAAAUGGAGUAGUGUGAGGGGUGGUUACAUUACAUUUACUGCUUAUGAGCCCCGUGAGGUAGCUAACCUUCAACCCCAUAACUUGUAAUCCUUCUCUCUCCUAAUGAGCCAACUUUCAUGCCUUUUGUCUCUUUUUCUCGUAAAAAACAAUGGUGAAAGCCAUAUUAGUGGGGCAGAUGGCCACCCAUUCAUCUCUGAUUGAAUCGGAUCACCUGAUCCGGGUCGCGUCUGGUUCUAUAUCUGGCAUGGACCCUAUCGGACCAGGACUGAGACUAUUCACGGUGAACUGCCUAUAUAAACUCUCAACUUUUUCAAAUCAUCAAUGGUAGAUCCUACGCACCUACGGAGAGGCGAGGCGAAUAUGACAGCAGAUUCCUUAGCCAAAGAAUCAAUGUCUAGAAGUAGAAGUAGAGGGACUGUGUGUAGAGCUCACUCCCCAAAUUUUUAAUAUGUAUUCUUUUAAAUAAUGUUAAUUGUGUUCCCUUUUAAGGGUUGUAUUGUGAUUAUCCCUGAUGUUAAUGGUGUUCCCUUUUAUGAUUAUCCCUGUAACAUAUUUUACAAUCUAAUAAAAAUGGGUAGAGGCUCAUCAUCCCCACUAA